AUGGCAAAUGAUGAAGAUGGAUAUGUCGAGCUCAUACAUGUUUCAUACGCUAUAGGAGGAGGUAAAGCUUCAUUAUUCAUUGACCACUUUGGUGACGAAUUAGAGGGUUGGUUUGUAUUAAGUGAAAAUGAAGUAAUUGGUGGUGAUAAGAUGGAAUUAGUUACUCAGGGUCAAAGAGAAGAGGAGGCAGGCAUAGAAAAUUUAUCAGUGGACUUGGAUGAAUUGGGUGAGAAAUAUCAAAUGAACAAAACUAGGAAUGAUGUUUUUGUGAGUAAGUUGUGCAUGGAUGAUGAAGAUGAAGUAGGUCAGGAACACAACCAAGUAGCUGGUGACAUUGCUUUUGAUGAGGAAUGUGAGAAUAACCCUGAAUGUGAGGAACAUUGCAUCUUUAAUAAGGAAAUCCCAUGGAAAAAACAGAAACCAAUAUUGGGAAUGAUAUUUGAGAAUCCAAAACAGUUGAAGCAUAUGUUAUUUAACUAUGCAGUUGCUAAUAUAUAUCAAUUAUGCUUUAAGAAAAAUGAUACCAAAAGACUGUUAGUAUUAUGUUGUGAUGGAGCUUGUUUAUUUAGACUUUGGGCAUCAUGGGUGGGUGAUGAACAAUAUUUCCAGAUUAAAUCAUUGAAGCCUGAUCACAAUUGUGCUAGGAAUUUGAAGAUGGAGUCGAUUGUAACUUAUGCCUGGAUUGGAAGUCAUUUCACUAAGAAAAUUAUGCAUAGGCAGAAACUGGGUCAUAGACAACUUAGACUCGAGGUUAUGACAAAAUUUGGAAUAGAUGUUAGUGUUGGGCAAUGCAAGAGGGAAAAGAAAUAUGCUUUGAGCAUAACUGAAUGUGAUAUUAAGGAACACUAUGCAAGACUGUGGUCCUAUGGUGAGGAAAUAAAAAGAUCAAACCCUGGUUCCAUUAUGAAAAUGGAUACUAAUCCAAUAAGAGUAACAGGUUUAGAUGGAUGCUUCCUCAAAGGAAUUUGUAAAGGGAAAUUGCUUGCUACUGUAGGGAGGGAUGCCAACAACCAUAUUUUUCCUAUUGCAUGGUGUGUUGUAAAUGUAGAAAACAAAGAGAACUGGAAGUGGUUUUUGGACUUACUAAUUGAUGAACUUGACCUAGUUAGAGGAAAUGGCUUGACACUUAUGCCUGACCAACACAAGGACUAA